AUGCCUUCCGUUAUGUUAAGUCAUCUACGCCUAGUACUUCCUCUAAUGUACCGUUAUGAGGUUCUUCUACAUUCUUGCUUGGUCUGGUUUCUGUUCGUUAUAGCUAGCAAUAUUGGAGUCGUGGAGAUGUUUUUUCGGUAUAAUAUUUUGGCUCUCGUUGGCGGUGCGCCGACUAGAGUUAUGAUCUGGGAUGACCACCAGAAUCGAUGCAUCGGGGAGCUUUCGUUUCGUUCUGAAGUGAGAUCAGUUCGACUCCGGAGAAAUCGAAUCGUAAUCGUUUUGGAACAAAAGAUAUUCGUCUAUAAUUUUGCUGAUUUGAAGGUUUUGCACCAGAUUGAGAUUAUCGCGAAACCAAAGGGACUCUGCGCUGCCUCUCAAGGGUCCGGGUCCUUGGUUUUGGUUUGUCCUGGAUUACAGAAGGGACAAGUUCGAGUUGAGCAUUUGCUACUCGUAAGUUGUUUGACAAAAUGUCUGAACGAGUUUUUAUGUGUGCCAAUAGAUUUGUUUCAGGAGUUAAUUUAUGCAAAUAUGUUUGAACUGAAUUCUGCGACUCUUGUUAGUGUUCUUUCUGCCUGUGCACACUUAAAGGAUCUCCAGGUUGGAAAAGUGAUCCACGGAUAUAUUCUUCAGCAUUCUUGCUUAUAUGCAAUUACACCCGUGUCAAAUGCCCUUGUUAGUUUUUAUGCAAAAUGCAAUGACAUAGGAGCCGCAUAUCAGACAUUUCUGAUGAUUCCUUGGAGAGACUUGGUUUCAAGGAAUUCUAUUCUUGAUGCAUUUGCAUAG